UUUACUUCAUAAUAUAUAGCAUAUAUGGCUAUUCGGUGUUUGAGUGUUUUGAUUUUCCUAACCUUCAUUUUAGCACCAGGACAUCAGAGGAUACAAGUGGCAGAUGGUAGAGUUCGCAGUCCUCCAACACAAUCACUGGGCACAAAGCCCUCGAGCAUAUACUCGAACGAAAACAAAUUAAUGCAACGAGUAAAAGAUGCUGGAAGUCCUUCUUCGGUGCUCAGAUGUACUAUUAAUCUCGGGGUGUGCGACCUGACUAUAAGCGAAGAGGAUUGUCUAUAUAUGUGUGUCGGUAAUUAUGCACAUAAACAUCCGCGGUCAUUUUGUUACCAGCCUCCUGAAACUAAAUAUACAUAUUGUUUGUGUGAAUAUGAUUGCUAUAAAAAAAUAUAA